GGAGAUGGGGAGGAGACGGAGGCAUGGCUGGAAUCGGAGGAGAGAUUCGCCUGCUAUUGAGCGGAGGGGCGCUGAGAAUAAGGACUUGGACCACAUGGAUCCCAACAUUGGCGCGACAAACGCUAUUCGAUUGCUCGGAUGGGAUGGUGGAUAUAUUCUGGGGGAAGGAGUCGGAAUCUCAACUUUCGUGAUGGAAUAUGAGGGUCACGUGAUGGCGAUCAACUGAGCAACGUCAAGCCUCAAGACUUAAGACUUAAGGCAUCGACCGGGUGAUUUGCGAUUGAUUUCUUGUCGUCAUUCCGAUUAACGUUGCUUUCAUCUAUGUACACAACUUUCUACACCUCAAAUCCUCCUCUAUGUUUGCCAUUCUACGCUAACCCACAUGUUCCUGGAUGCCGUCCUAACCCGUCUCAACACAUGCGCCUCACCCUCCAUUCCCGCUAUUCAUGAGGAUGUACCGAACCUCAAGCGCCGUCAGAGCGUUGACACGCACUCGAAGACCACUCACCUUCUAUCACCCUCAAUUCCGGAGAUACCACAAUGAUUCGGGCCAUCAGCAUAUCCAAACCGUCAAGUUUGCCUCGCCACGGUACACAACCAGGCGGUUGGCCAUAUGGGCGCUUAAAACCGCUAUAGUGGUCGUGGCCGUCCAAUCCGCAUUCGGCUACUUCUUCAAAGUCGAGAUCGAGGAGACGGAAGAGGAGGAAGAGGAAGUGGAACUGCAGGAGGGCGAAGGGCAGCCGCCCGAAGAAGGCGAGACGAUCGUAAUGAACGACGGAAAUCUUCUGUUCAUCCCUCUCGGGCCCACGACACAGCUGCCCAAGACGUUUUACAAGGGAUCGGACCCGGAAUGGCAGGAUUUCAAAAAAUUGGCCGCGGAUCGGCAGAAGUUGGUGGAUAUUCGACGGGCACUCGCAUAUUUCGUCCGGACGCAGAUGAUGAACGAUCCACGGUUUAAGAUGGUGGGGCAGGUGGAUGUCAAGAAGGGGAAGUUCUGGCUCGACGUCGUCUUCCCCGACGGCCCAGCUCCGGAGUAUGAGCAGACGGGACUUGUAUUCGCUCCAAACUACAUCGCCUGGGCCGCCCGCACGCUCUCCCAAGAAGAAUACCGCAAACGCCAGCGCAUCUUCAUGCCCGUCGGCAUGCUGCAGGCGUCCUACGACAGCUUCCAGGCCAUCUACCAACAGCAGAUCAAGCGAUUCAGAGGCAUGUUGUCCGCACCCGGCGACCCGUCCGACGACGCCGACUCCCCCAGCAUCACCCAGAAAAAGCGCCGCACUAACGUCGAUUUCGAGCGCGUCGUAGACGGCCCGCCGCGACCAAACACCCCACGCACAGGCGGCCUCACCGCCGACGACGCGAAUGACAACGCGCAAGGCCAAACCCCCGAAACCAACAGCAAAUUCCCCCGCCUUCCCGGCGUUCUCCAGAUGCCCGGCACCGACGACCAAUCCAUCACCCGCAUCUUCCGGCGCGCGCUCACGGUCGCGUCGAUGCAGGACAAGGCAAAUAUGGAAGCGCCGCGCGGGACGGUGGUGGUGACGGGGCUGGUGGAGACGAUCGGGACGAACGGGCGGUCGACGAUCGAUACGGUGGCGUUCUAUGAUCCGCGGACGGAUCGGUAUGUGCAUUUUAAGGGGGCGAUAAGGACGAUGAUGCCGUUGCGGCAGGGGCCAAGGGGAGGAGAGUAGCGGAGGGUAGAGUAACGCCGGGUAUUUGACCGGCGUUUUCAUUGCAUGCGGUGGAGUUUUCCGGUUGGCGUUGGUCACGACUUACGGCAGCAUUGUUUCGGAGUUCGAUACCUUUCUGGGGACCGAUCGAUAGCCGAGUUGGAGCGGGAGAUGGUUUUGGUGGUGAGGUAUAUACUAGCUAGGUGUGUCCAAUACGACUAUGGCGCCCGAGCUUCUGUGGUCUUUGAUCCAUCGCGGCCUCGUUGAUCUAACCAUUGACUAUGCUCGGAUUAUGUACACUUUUCAUUGCCAUUUCCAGAGGCAUAUAGUGAUUG